AUGGCAAUUGAUGUUUUGGUGAUUCCUCGAAACCAUUGCUAUGACAACCCCUGGGAUAGAGGAUACCGGUUGUGCGUCAGCGGACUGACAAAUAUAUUCAGAGCUAACAGUGCUUUUGGAGGUGGCAUUUCUCUAUAUGUUAACCUGUGCUGCACUGGCAGUGGUAGAGCUGGUGGUGGUGGUGUUGGCGGUGGUAGUAGUGGUGGUGCUAUUGCACUGGCGUUGGGCACUGGCGUUUGUAGUGUGUUUGUGCACAAAGAGCAUCAAAUCCAUAGCUCCAGAGCAGCACAACUACUCCAACUCCAACUCUAUAUCCAACUCCCAGAGCAUCUCUGGAGCGGAGUCAGUUUGUGUGAGCGCUCAUCAAAUAACAAGUCCUCCGCUCUCUCCGUACGCCUCACAGCAUACAAAGUACUGUAUUUUUGGGGCAAAAAUAUAUGCUACCGGUGCCUCAUUGUUAUGCGGGCAUCCCUUUUGGAAAUACAGCUUUUAUCCCUUAUGACGAUCACAACCUCUCUUCAGUGCUCUCUUCAGUGCUCUCUUCACUACUCUCUUCACUCACAUAACAAAGGCACUAAAUCCGUAAACACAGAGAUAUGUAUUGGGGUAUUGGUGCGCAACGGUGUGCCCGGAGCUGUCUGUCCAUUACGGCUGGCAUAG